AUGAUGAGCAGCAAGAGACUCCAGAAGGAGCUUCUCAAAGUCCAAGGACAACUGGCUCCCGGCAUCACCCUCGUAUCAGCAGACAACCUCAAAACGUGGCUCAUGGACAUUCAAGUCAUGGACGCAAACCCAAUCUACCAAGGUGAAACCUACCGCCUAAAAUUCGAGUUUAGUUCAAAUUAUCCGAUAGGUAUCUAUACUCUUUGUCCCUCUUUCACUCUCAUCUGCUUGCUCACCACUUCCUUCUANGAACCACCAGAAGUCGUCUUUGUCCGUCAUCCAGAGCGCCCUAUCCCCAUCCACCCUCACAUCUACACAAACGGCAUUAUCUGUCUGGAUCUACUUGCCUCUCAAGGAUGGUCGCCAGUGCAGAAUGUGGAAAGUGUUUGUUUGAGCAUCCAGAGCAUGUUGACUGGCAACUCCAAGAAAGAGCGUCCGCCUGGUGAUGCAGAGUUUGUCAGAACCAAUCGUCUGCGUCCUCGUGAUGUUGCCUUCCAUUUCCAUGAUAAUGAGGUUUGA